AUGGAGAGUGGCACUUUCACCCUGGUCCUCGCUCUGGCCCUGGCUGCACCAGCAGCACCCUGGGAGAGAAAGUGCCAGCUCAGUGGGCUAUGGAGGAACGAUCAGGACUCGCUGAUGGAGAUUUCAGAGCUGAGAAACAACGGGGACUUCCAGGGAAAGUACCUCACAAGGGUCACCCUCUCUGGUGGCUGUGCCCAUGCCUCCCCCCUGAAAGGUGCCCAGCAGCAGCCCAGCGAAGGGGGCUGGCCCACCUUUGCCUUCACCGUCCACUGGGACAAGUUCUCCAAUGCCACUACCGCCUUUGUGGGGCAGUGCUUCGUGGAUGCAGGUGGAAAGGAGACACUGACCACCAUGUGGCUGCUCCGUGAAGCUGUCGGGUCCCUCAAGGAGGACUGGAAAGCCACAAGGGUAGGCAGAAAUGUGUUCACACGCAAACGCACCCCAAAAGGAAAGAUCCUGAUGAGCUUGUCCCCAGCCUGUGAGGAUAUGUCUUCACCACCCCAGUGA